CAACUAAACGUCAGAAGUUGGCGGGAAACCUUAAACUAUUAAUUGAAAUUUUUUAAAUUCAUUUAUGAGGAUGUUUUGGAGGACUCAUUGUGCUGUUAUAGAUAAUUUCAAAAAGUUUAGUUAGUUAAUUAAAUGUAAUAUUAAGUGAUUCUUUAAUUAUUUCGAUAUGAAGUUAUUUGUGUUUUUAAUUUUUGCUGGUUGUACAGUUAGAUGUGAUGAGUCUGGUAACUACUACGUAAUAGAACGGCCAUCAGACGCGCCCGUCCGAGAAGUCAGGCCGUUCCAAGUAUACUGGAACGUGCCCACGUUCCAGUGCAAAUCCAAAAAGAUCGUUUUCGAAAACCUGUUCGAAAAGUACGGGAUUAUACAGAACCAGAAUGACAUUUUUCAGGGAGAGCAGAUCACAAUUCUGUACGACCCCGGCCUCUUCCCCGCGAUCCUGCAGGAGGAGAGCAGCGGCAAGCUGAGGACCCGUAACGGCGGAGUGCCGCAGGAGGGGGACCUGGACGAGCACCUCACCGCGUUCCGGUUCGUGCUGGACCAGGCCAUACCGGACCCUGACUUCAACGGAAUCGGCAUAAUAGAUUUCGAGUCCUGGCGUCCCGUUUUCCGCCAGAACUCCUGGGGCGUGCUGACCCCGUACAGGAACCUGUCGUUACAAAUAGAGAAACAGCGGCAUCCCUGGUGGACGAAGAACAUGAUAGAGAGAGAGGCAAAGCGACGUUUCGAGCGCGCCGGGCGUGAGUUCAUGCAGGCAACCUUGGCGCUUGCACGCCUUCUGCGGCCGCAGGCCAAGUGGGGAUACUAUGGGUUCCCGUACUGCUUCAACAUGGCGGGCUCCAAGCCUGUGGAGACCUGCCCCACAAUCGUACAGCAAGAAAAUGAUCAGAUAUCUUGGCUUUGGAACGAGAGUACGGCGCUCUACCCUUCAGUGUACAGUUCGAAAAACUUGAGCUCAGCUCAACUGGCAGGGCUCAUACGUGGUAGGGUGGCGGAGAGCGCGCGAGUGCGCCGUGGGGUGCCUAUACUACCCUACUUUUGGUUCAAGUACAGGGAUGCCGGAUUUAUGUCAGAGGUGGAUUUAAAAACAGCACUAAAAGCGAUGUAUAAAUCACACACUUCUGGAUUUAUAGUAUGGGGAAGUUCUAACGACGUCAAUUCGGUUACAAAGUGCGAAAAACUUAAAACUUACUUGGACUAUAUCCUCGGACCCGAAAUAGCCAAAUAUACAAAACAGACGCACAAGAGAGAUGAAUCAAAUAAUAUUAGCCAUGAUACGACACCAAAUAAUUUCACUACACAAAAUCCAUUGUUUUUCAUAACUGGUGAUUCCAAGGAUGAUGAAAAUCAGAAAGUGGAUUCUGAAAAUGAAGAAAUGAAUGGGAACUUGGAAAAAAAUCUAAGCCAUCUUGAGGAUAAAAUUAUUAAUAGUACAAACGAUUCUGCUAACGCUAAAAAUGAAAAUAAUAUUUUAUUAGAUAUCGUUUUAAGUUUAAUUGAAAACAUACACAAAAAUUACGAUAAAAAGGUAAUAGACGCGACAAUGAAGAAAGUUAAUAAGGAUCGAAAGAAAGGCACACCAAUUCACGAUACUUUUACACAAGUUAGUGACUAUGAGUUCGAUUUAACAACAAAAAGUCCCAUACAUCAUUUAAAAAAGAAAGGUGCCCUUUUCAAUUACCUUUAUCCACCUAAAAACACAACAGUCUUUGAUAAGUUUACAGCUGCAAGGGAAAAAAAUGUCACUCCAGACUAUGAUUUUAAAUCGACUACAGCAGAAAUUACCUCAACAACAGAAGACAGUAUAGGUACGGAGCACAAUUUCAUGUCAACUACAAUAGACAUGUUGUAUGAUAAUGACAACUUAGCAGUCUUUGAUAAGCAAGAUUCAUUAUUAGAUAAGGAUUUUAAUGACACUACUGUUAGUGAAAUUAACACCGAAAAUACCAGUACAGAUUCCUACAAACAAGAUGAAACUACGGCACCGAUAUUUUUUGAUUAUGACUUUAAUUACACUACGAUAAGAGAAAAGAAUAUAGGCAAUGCCGAGACUGUUUCCAAUAAAAUAGAUGAAAGCACAGUACCGAUAUUUUAUGAUAAUGCAAUUAAUUACACGAUAUCUGCGGAUACUACAACUGAAAAUUCUUAUAACAUUCAAAGUACAACAGAAUCAGUAAAAGGAUCUGCAAAUGGCGGUGUAUUCCGUACGGCUGAUAGGACGACAACUGAAGAUGACUCAAUUAACGAUACUGUGACUGAUGAUUCUGAAUAUCAGGUGCCUGGGUCUUCACAAGUUGACAGAAAGUACUUCAUUUGCUUAAUCUUCUACUUCUAUUUGGUGUUUAUAUGCCUUUGUGAUAUGUGGUCAGUGUUUAGACUAUAGUCUUAUAUUAUAUGUAAUAGCGGCCGGUGUCUCUUUAAAUGUGCUUAUUAUCUGUGAUAUAAUCUUAAUUAUUAGUGUAAAUAUGUAUAGAGUCAGUAGAAUGUACUUCAUUAAAUAUUGUUAGAUGUUACUAUUUUUAAGUCAUAAAGUUGGUUUAAAUAAUACUAUUGUUUAUUGUGUUUCAUUCUGGUCAUAAGAAUGUGCAAUGUUAAUUCAGAUACCUAUUUUAUAAAUAAGAGGGCAAAUAUUCAUAAUCCGUUAUACCAGAAUCAGAAUGCUUUAUUUGUAAACCUAAUGCUACGCUUUGUACCAGGUUAGUAAAUUUAAGAAACAUACACUUACACAGUAUGACAGAAGCCUAUAAAACAUGCAUUAUAAAGACUCUAGCUCGAUUUUUUAUUACGCAUAUAGCAGGUUGGAAUUUAUAUCUUUGACAAUACUUAGGAAAAACAUAAUCACACCUCUAUCUUAAAAACUUUUUUUUUUAAUUAUCAAAAAACCUUUAUUUAUUUAUUUAUACUUUAUUGCACAUAAAAUAAGUACAAAUGGUGGACUUAAUGCCUUAAGGCAUUCUCUACCAGCCAACCACCUUUACUAAUUUAAUUUGCAAUUUAAGCCCAAUUGCCCGCAAAUUUUGUUUGGUAUACUUGAAAUGUCUACAACAAAAAUUGUUGAAAUCGGUUCACAUGAUAAAGAAUUAAGUAUCCUUGAAAAACCAACAAACAUACAGGUCGCGCAAAUUAGUUAGCCAAUUUGCCGAUAGAUGACGCUGUACACGCUUAGUAUACUUCUGGUCAAGUCUUUCGUUAUUCUAUUUACUUGAGAAAAUUGAAAGUUUGUACGGAACGGAACCCUCGGUGCGUGAGUUAAACGAACUCGCACUUGACCGGUUUUUAGGGUUCCGUAGCCAAAUGGCAAAAAACGGAACCCUUAUGGAUUCGUCAUGUCCUUCCCUCCGUAUGUCACAGCCACUUUUAUCCGAAACUAUAAGAACUAUACUGUUGAAACUUGGUAAUUAGAUGUAUUCUGUGAACCGCAUUAAGAUUUUCACACAAAAAUAGAAAAAAAAACAAUAAAUUUUGGGGGUUCCCCAUACGUUCUGAAACUCAAAAAAAAUUUUUUUUCAUCAAACAUGUGGUGUGGGGUAUCUAUGGAUAGGUCUUCAAAAAUGAUAUUGAGGUUUCUGAUAUCAUUUUUUUCUAAACUGAAUAGUUUAUGCGAGAGACACUUCCAAGGUGGUAAAAUGUAGUAUAUCCCCCCCCCCCCCUGUAACUUCUAAAAUAAGAGAAUGAUAAAACAAAAAAAAUAUAUGAUGUACAUUACCAUGCAAACUUCCACCGAAAAUUGGUUUGAACGAGAUCUAGAAAGUAGUUUUUUUUUUAAAUACGUCAUAAA